AUGGAACAACAACCUUUAUCGCCGCCUUUGUUGGCCGCCCAUGCCUGCUUUGCUGAUAUCUCCAUUAGCCAAUGGAAUUCACUUUGGCCCUGGCCUAUGAACUCUACUGCUCGCAACGUCUGGUUUCGUGUCAUUCAUCUUAAGCUCCCCACCGCUUCUCGUCUCUUUGAACUUCAACUGGCUCCCGGUACAACCAAGCCUUUGUUGCACCAGCAGCUCGCCUCUUCCCUCAGUGAUCCGCCUGACUGUUGA